AUGUAUGUCAUCCUGCAUAGCUCGAAACAAGGAUCUACGACUGACUGGUUUACUCCAGGUACGUCCACUGGUCGGAAAUGCGAUGGUUAUCAAGCCAACAGGCCUGGCUCCCCAACUGCGUCAUCACCAUCAGCUGUCUCAUCCCCAACCUCCAUCAUCUCUACAUACACCACUAGUACCGAGGCACGGUCAUUCCAGUUCUUCAUCGAAAAGACGCUGGUCAACUUCCAGACCUUCUUUCAAGAUGAUCUUUGGAAUAGGAGAGUUCUCCAAGUCGCUCAAUCUACGGACUGUAUAAGACAUGCCAUCGUCGCCUUAGCCUAUUACCAUGAGCUCUAUCUUACUCAUGAACAGUGGCGAAGUCUUGAGUCUAUUUCUGCACUGAAACACUACAAUCUUGCUAUAAAGGAGCUUCUCAACCCAUCACCUAGCGCUUCAUCACAAAGCCAUAUUCUUGUGCUGUCAUGUUUGAUUUUCAUCUGCAUUGAGCUUCUUCAUGGAAAGACUGACUCUGCGAUUGGUCUAUUCCGCUAUGGUUGUGCCAUGAUCCAGCAGUUUAGAAGAACUUUCUCCAUCAACAGAGAUCACGGCUCUCAUACCAAGUCUGACGUAGAAGCAACCUUCAGUCUUGCUGAUGCCUGCUUCAGGCGUAUUGCAGUGCAACUUCUUAUGCUCAUGGGGGACGUUGAUGUAGGUAUUUGGACGUCAUACCGCGAAACUUUCAGCAAUACACUUCCACCUCCUGCAACUUCAUUUUUAUCCCUCUCCGACGCAAGAGAAGCCAUCCUGGAGCUUCUUGUUGAACAGGCUAGCCCUGGUCUAAAGGGAAAGCCAAUCCACGAAACGAUGUCACACGCUACAAAGGUCGAGCAAUGGAGCCAAUCGUUUGAUACUCUCUUAAUUGAGCUUGAGAACAGUGGCAAAAGCUUAAGCAUUGGUGACCAACGAGCAAUCGCCCUUCUGCAGCUUCAUCGAAAGUACCUCGAAAUUAAUGUCGCAAAAUACCUGCACGGUCAAGGCGACCCUUGCUUUUGGGAUCGGUUCACCGCUGAAUUUGACGAAAUUGUCAACUACGCGGCCACGGCAGCUGGACUUGACAAGGACUACACUCAAAGGAACUGGGCUAAAGACUCUCCCUCAGAGGCAUAUUUCCACGUUGACCUCGGGUAUACAUCGGUCUUAGUUUCAGUCAUCGCACGAUGUCGCGAUCCACAUGUCCGAAGAAGAGCUAUCGCAGUUAUGCUAGCAGAACGUGUACAAGAAGGCGUAUUUAAUGGGACUCAGUCAGCCAGAGUAGGGGCAAAGGUGAUGGAACUUGAAGAGGCCAGGAGUGGAAGAGAGGUGAGGUGUAGUCGCGAUAUUCCACAGGAGGCCAGAGUGAGGACGAUUCGUGUGCAUUUGUUGGGGCCUGAAAACAAGAAGGUGAAGAUGGUGUAUGGGUUUGACCAGGGGUAUUGGGAGGAGUAUAAUAACUGCAUCCAACUCGCUGUUCUUCCCAAUUUCACCAUCAUUCACUCCGAUUUCCACAAGACCUCACACAUGAGCCUAACAUCAACUCUCCUAUCAACAACUACAACAGCUUCAGCAAUGACCGAAUUCACAAUCCCUAAUUGCGCUAUAGGCCUGCGCGAGAUCGACCCUUCACUACUAGAUCUCCGCCCCGACUCUGAAAUCAUCGCUCAGCUCCAAACAUACCAACCCAUCACCUCAGAGAAGAAUGUCUGGGCAGUCUGGGACAAAGGCUUCUAUGCCAUGUACUCCAGCCAUCAACGCACAGUCAUCAACUGGGUCAGACGCCUCGGUCCUUCAUGGACGGUUCGUCUGGUUGAUUUCAUCGAAGGCUCGCCUAACAACAUCUUCAAUUAUGUCGGCAAAGACUGGUUUCCGGAAACUUUUGUCAAUAAAGCUAUGGAUGGCAAACACGCUCCUCAACAUGCAGCCGACCUGGCUCGUCUUCCUCUUAUUUACGAACAUGGUGGAGUUUGGAUGGAUGUCAGCAAUAUGCUGCAUAUCCAUCUUGACACGCUGUUCUGGGAUCACAUUGUGUCACCCGAUACGCCUUAUGAAAUGGCUGCCUGGAUCAUCACAGGCCAAAUCAGAGCCAAAUGGGGCGACUUUGGCAAUUUCAUGUUUGCUGCUCGCAAGAACUGCGAGUUUAUCAAGAACUGGCACGAGGGGUACAAAGAGCUAUGGAAGGGCCGAACGAAUGUCGAUGGAUUUCACAAGCAUCCUCUCAUCGCUGAGAUCGGUCUUGCUGAAGGCCUUGCAAAUCCCGAGGACGAGAAUCAGAUCUACUUCAUGACUGACUAUGUUUCACAAAUGGUUAUCGGCGACCGCACCCGCAAUCUUGUCGAUAUCACCACCGGCUUCAACGGCCGUGAAUUCUGGGAGAACAAGGUCUUCAUGGUAGAAGGCAUCGAGAACGGUAUUCUCGGUGCUCUCAAGACCAACCUCAACGGUCAGAAGCAAGCCGACUAUUUCCUCACACGGCUUGACGAGCCUGAUCUCGACAAGAGAAAUGAAGCUGAAGCCUUCAUGGUGGAAAUGCUCGAGAAGAGUCACAUGUACAAGAUGUAUCACAAUUCAAUGGGUGCUCGUCCAGCUCUAGGCGACCUCAUCAAGAAGAAGGAGAAUCACGAUAUCACAUAUCGUCCUGGGACUUUUGGAGAAUUGUACCGUUAUGGAACUGUGCAUUGGGAACCAACCAGGAAGGUUGUGAGAUUGGAGCCGCAGAGAAAUGGUGACGAAAUUAUAUACGGGACACCUACGAAAACUGCUGCUCAAGUUAAGAAUUAA